CCUUGCUUUUCCAAACAAAACAAAGAGAUUUUAACUAAAAUAUUAUUCCAAAAAUAUAAUAAAGGUACAGGAAAAGUAUCAGGAAUAUAAAGGUUUUGUGCAAUAAAAAGACGAAACAAGAGAGUUCUGUGUUUUUUGCCCGCGUCAAGUAGUUACGUUAGCAGCUGAUACAUUGUUAUACAAUAAGAAUGAUAAAGUCGCAAUCACUCAACAAUUUAAGUUUAGCUAGAAUGUUUUUCCUUGUCAAUUGUUUAAAACGAUUUAAAAGUUCACAACAAUGGUUGAGUCGCCAGCGAGCUGAUCCUUAUGUAGAAAAGGCAAAGAUAAGUAACUACAGGUGUCGUAGUGCAUUCAAGCUGAUAGAAAUGAAUGAAAAAACCAAUAUUUUGACACCGGGUCAGACUGUUAUUGACCUGGGGGCAUCCCCGGGAUCAUGGACACAAGUAGCAGUACAGAAGACUAAUGCGGAUGGAGCAGAUCCUAAGAAACCAAUUGGCACAGUACUGGCUGUUGAUAAACUUCAAAUAUAUCCAAUAAAGGGUGCUACCAUUUUGAGCAACAUGGAUUUUUCAACAAUUGAAGCUCAUGACAGAGUAAUUGAAGUGCUCAAUGGAAAAAAGGUAGAUUUAGUACUCUCUGACAUGGCUCCCAGCGCGACAGGGAUAAGAGAAAUAGACAAAGAUAGAAUUGUGGGUCUGUGUUAUAUGGCCAUCAGAUUCGCCGCACUCGUCUCUAGGAUUGAUGGCAAUCUACUGUUUAAAGUGUGGGAUGGAAAGGAGGUCCCAAUUCUAGAAAUGGAUCUAGAGAGAUUUUAUAAAAGUAUAAAAAUCUUAAAACCAAAAGCAAGUAGAUCUGAUUCCUCCGAAAAAUUCAUUCUGGCAAGGGGGUUUAAAGGUGUUCAGAGACCUUUGGAAAAUGGACGCUGGGGCUAAAUAAUGGUGUUUUUUAAUGAAUAACCAACAAACAGAU